AUGGCGGUCUUCGAGCACCAAACUGCCCAUCCGACAAACGGCCGCGACCUGCUUCUGCACGAGCAGACCGUUUAUCAUCCCGAUUUCGCCGGAAAUUUCUCCGGCUACUUUCCCGACCCUCUGUUCACCAACUCCGGCACCUGCGCCUACGACGAGGGCUGGCUGAUGGCUAUGGCCGGGUCACUCGAGCCCAACCCGUGUCUGAGAACCGCGUGGCCGAGUUCUGGACUCGGACUCCGGUUAGGGUUCAGGCUCGGAGUCUCAACGGAGAAGAUGAGCGGGCCCGGGAGUUUCAAGAAGAGGAAGGGAGUUGAUAACGUGGAGGAAGAUCCUAAGGAGGAGGAGAAGAAGAAGAUGAGAGUGAAUGAAGAAGAAAGCGAAGAGAAAUCGAAGAUGAACUACAAACCCAAGAAGGAAAGUUCCUCGAACAGUUCUUCAAAUGACGAUUCAAAGGAUUUCAUUCGUGUUCGUGCACGGAGAGGGCAAGCCACUGAUAGUCACAGUGUAGCAGAAAGAAUGAGAAGAGAAAAGAUCAGCGAGAGGAUGAAGUUUCUGCAAGGUUUGGUCCCUGGAUGCCGCAAAAUUACCGGGAAAGUCGGAAUGCUUGAUGAGAUCAUAAACUAUGUUCAGUCGCUUGAGCGGCAAGUCGAGUUCUUGAUGAUGAAAUGGGCUGCUUUGAAUCCAAAUCCAAGUCCUGAGUUCAGCUUCGAAGAAUCUUUCACCAACGAGGACGAUCCGUGCAUGAUGAUACCGACUUCUGAGAUCAUUCCUUCCGGAUUCGAUGAUCAGUUAAGUCCAACGCAACAAGCGGUUUCAUGGUCAGACGGAACUGACGCAGUCUUAACUUCCAGUUCCGAUGUUGUCCGAACCACGGACCGUCUGUUAUGCAUCACCGACACCCUCAUCAGCCCUGCAUCUGAAAACAAUGGUGAAGCUCUUUCGACGUUGGAAUCUGAUAUGAAGGAUCUUUAUACUUUAGAAUUUCAUUAUGAUCAAACACCUUUAACGCCAUUCGCUUCGCAAUCACACACUGGUUCUACGAGCACAACUUGAAUUAAAAUGGAGAAGCGAGUCACAUGAUAUUUUAGCAACAGAG